CCCGUUCCUCCGGAUUAGCGCGGGCGCGGCCUAAGCCUAUUUCCUCCCACCGCCCCCGGCGAUGGCCCAGCAUGGAGGACGGCGGCCCUGAGCGUCGCGGCGGGGAGCCCUGCCUGCAGGUGGAUGAAGGCGAUGGCGCCGGUCUGAGCGGCCUCAUCUUCCUCCUCCGGACGGCCCGCCCGCCCCUGCCCCCCCUGGGGGAUGGGGCUGCCCGGGGGGAACCCGCCGAGACAGGCAGCAGCUCCCUGGGGGGCCUGGCCCGCUCCCUGCAGAAGGCGGAGGCCAUGCUGCGCAGCUGUGUCAGCCCUGGCCUGCGACGCCUGCUGCCCCCGCGGCCCCACCAGCGCAGCUACGACGGCAGCGAGGAUGAAGAGGAGGAGGAAGAAACGCUGGCCCUCCUGGCCCCGCUGGAGCAGAGCUUCCAGGGGCUGCGCCGCUGCCUUUGCGUCUGGGAGGACCCCCGCACUGAGACCUUCCGGGGCCACGUGCGGCCCCAGCCCGGCGACGGCACCGCUGCCUUCUCCUACCACCCCGUCCACCCGCGUGUGGCCGAGCGCGGCGCCGCCCUUCACGCCCUGCUGCAGCACCGCCACCACCUCCGCCUCGCCCGCGACUACAGCCGCCGGCUGAAGGCCGCCUCCGACUUUCUCCGCCAGCUCCUGGCACUGGUGGAGCAGCCGGAGCCGCCGGCGGGGGAGCUGGGGGCCACCUGGCCGCUGCAGGGGCUCUGCCAGGAGCUGCGGAUGCACGCCGGCCACUGGAGCGGGCUGCGGCGGCGGAUGCGCAGCGACCCGUGGCUGCGGCCGCUGCUGCUGCGCAGGCACGAGUCGGUGGCGCACAUGCGGCGGGCGCUGCUGCUGCUGGCGCUGCACGCCACGCGGCUGGCUGAGCGCCAUGCCGAGGUGCGGCUGCAGGGGCUGGCUCGGGCCAGCCCUGCCGUCGCCCCCUCCCCGGCGCUGCUCUCCGACCUCUUCCAGGGCCUGGAGAUCUACAACCAGGUGGUGGGCGACUUGGCCCUGGAGCUGGGCACUGCCAGUCGCCUGCCCGCUGGCGUUGCUGGCUGCCACGGGGUCACGGGGGACCGCUCCCAUGCCUUCCCCGCAGCCAGGGUGCUGGGGAUACUGGCAGCCGAGCGGGGCUGGCUGGUGGCCGAGCGGCUCCAGCCCCUCCUGCAGCCAUGGGAUGGUGGCGGCGGGGCAGAACACGUCUGCUGGGAGGAUGCCACAGUGCCUUGGCCCCUGGAGCGCAGCACCACGGUGGCGGCGGACACGGGACCCUCUGGGUGGGAGGAGCUGCCGGGCCUCGCUGGGGAGCUGAAGGCACUGUGCAGGGAGGACGAGGAGCUGAUGGGCCUCAUCCUGGGGGGCCUGGUGGCCUCUGCCGACAGUCUCUGGCACCACGUCCUCCAUGGGCCCAAGCAGGAGAAGCCGGCGGCAGCGAGCCCCGAGCCCCUGGAACUGCCAGCAUCCAGCACGGGCACGGCCGCCAGGCCAAGCUCUGCCGGCUGGAAGUCGGUGCGGUGGCUGGACGCCUCCCGCGCGCCAGCGGCCAAGGCCCUGCAUGCCCAGUACCGCCCGCUCUUCUGGGGGGCUGCCGGUGCCGCGCUGGGUCACCGCCUGGGACUGCCGCACUGCGGGGCCGGCAGGACCGUGGCCGCCGCGAGGGAGCUGAGCCGCACUCUCGCCCAGGCCCGUGUCCCCCGGGAGUGCGAGGAGGAGCUGGGACGGCUCUGCCUGCGCCUGCUCUGCUGGGGCGUCCUCUGGAGCUGGGAGAGAGACUUCACCUGCGCCCUGGGCUCGGGUCUGUCCGACAAGUGCUCGGGGGAGCCGGCGCUGGCGGCAGGACCGGUGCGGAGCAGGACGGCAUGGUGCCUGCAGCGGCUCUACCCAGCCCUAGCCUUCGCCCUGCGCUGCCUGCGGCCCCUGCCUGCCUGCCUGCCCGGCUGCCCCCCCGGCUCGCCCUGCCUGCGCCUGCAGGUGCUGGGCCGCUGCCUGGCCACGGCGCAGGCUGCCUGCUCCUGGCUGGUGGGCAGAGCCUGCCGGUACCUGGCGGCCUGGGCCCUGCCCCAGUUCCUGCUCGUCACCCAGGGGGACCUGCAGCUGCUGAAGAUGGAGACAGAGAGGCUGGUGGUGCUGGUGAGUGGGACCUUCCCGGAGCCUGGGGAUGCCCCCCCACAGCUGCCCCCGGCCCUGCUGUCCCACCAGGAGCACCAGCUCUGCCAGCAGAUUCGCUCCAUGGCUGCCAGCAUUCAGCUCUUUUCAGGGGAGGUGCUGAAGAUGUUCUCCACCGACUGCAAGCGGAUGUCGGCGGAGAUCUUCGACCAGACCAUGCCGCUGGGCAAGCACUGGAGGGUCGGCCUCCGCGCCGACCUGCCCAGCUCCCCCAGCGCGUAUGCGGCGGCGGCGGCCCAGGCGGUGCUGGGCCAGGUGCUGCAGGGCGCCCAGCUCCUGCCCCGUGAUGCCCAGGCGCCCGCCCUGGCCCGGGUGACCACGGCUUUCCUGGAGGCUUGGAUGGAUCACAUCCUGGCCCAGAGGAUCAAGUUCAGCCUGCAGGGAGCCUUGCAGCUGCGGCAGGACUUCGAGCUGGUGCGGGAGCUGGUGGGGUCGGAGCGCUACGGGCUGGCCCCCGAGACCCGGCAGUCCCUGCUCUCCCUCCGAGUCUUCCAGCAGAUGGACGGGGCCAUCCUCUGCCUCCUGCAGCAGCCCGGCGGGGCGGCCGGGGGGGCCCCCCGCCCCUGGCACUCCCUGCGCCGCUGCUGCUCGGACGACGGUGCCCACCCGCAGGAGCUGGGCGCGGGCAGCCUGCACGGCCUGGAGACCCUGGAAACGCCGGCGGCGGCAGCAGCGGGGACCCCUCCGUCCGCCGCCGGUGCCGAGGUGCCGGCGCGGCUACGGAGCGGCAUCCCCGAGUCCUACCUGUCGGGCAGCCAGCAGCAGUGGCUGUCCUUGCGGCUUCACCGGGCCCGACGCUGGCGCGUACCCGGACUGCCCUGCGUCGGCAACAGCCCCGAGUCCUGACCGCGCGCGGUGGCAAUAAAGGGGCUGAGCCGGGGG